CUGCAGGAGUCUCAGUAUGCAGUGGAGAAACUAGUUCAUGCUAUUUCCCACAUGAGGACCCCAGAGAGUGCCAAACACUGCAGCACUAGCUGUCCAAAAAGUGGUUUUGAUGGUGGAAUGCCUCACUGUACUGUUUAAAGACGUGGAGGAUAUUCUUCUACUUGGACAGCUGCUAAGGAUGCCAGAAGAAACUCUGGCUGCUAUUGACAGCUACUAUGAAGAAGAUUGUCAUAAGAUGAGCCACAUGUUAUCACUGUGGCUGAUGGAGGAUCACGAGGAUCCAGUAACUCCUCUCAGAGAUGCCCUCAAUUCUCUGGGGAAAGAAGAAGUCUCUCAGACUCUUGUGCUGUUGACAUCCCUUGGUCAUCUCGUGACUCUGUCCAAUCUGAUGCGAGUAUUCAAGAAUGUCAUAUACCUAGACAGGGUAUCUAAUGCCUUUGGCAUGUCUCCUGAAGCAAUGGGUGGUGAUGAGGAAGAAAGACUUGGAAUGGUUUCCAACUUCUUCCUGGAGAAAAAGCUGACGUGGAAGCACCUGAGAAAGUUGCUGAUCAGACAUAAUGAGAUGCAAGCAGGAAAGUUUGUUGACCUGAUGGAACAGUAUGUUCGUGAAGAUGCUCCUCUGACGGCUGUCUUGGCUCACGAAGUAUUGAAGAAAGUUGAAAAUUUUAGGCAAUUUUGCAAGCACCUAUGCAUUGCCAGAAGGGAAACUGUUAUAGAAACUAUACAGUUCUAUGUAGAAGAGCCAUACUUUGAAGCGUCUUGGAAAAAGAUAGCUCUGGGUCUAUAUCACUCAUUUGAAGACAGAUCCAUUGACUCCCUAUUUCACUACAUGAAGUCUCCUCCUGAAGUGACUCUGACAGUGGCUAAUGUGAAGAACUGUUUGGAGGACUCAGUUCCCAGACACAUGUUCCCCACUCUGGAGAGGGAGCUGGGAGUCCCCACAUCGAGACACAAGAGAAGACAGCCACCCUCUCACGGGAAUGAAACUCUGGCUGCUCUCUAACCCAACUGCCUCCUGGCAGAAAUUAGCCAUAGCUCUUUACUCCUCCACUCUAGAUGGAGCACUGCGGAGGUUGAAGGAACUGAAACUACUCUCUAAUCAAGAUGCAAGUUUUACAAUGGCCAAUGUCCUGUCAAUGACAGAAGGUGUACAGGAUCAUGAGGGUCUCGGAGUGCUGCUGGGAAUUCGUGACCCACAAACCAAGUUUCACAAAAUUAGACAGUUACAUAAGAGCAUAAAAGAGCAAAAGGAAGCCAUACUUCACCUGUGGUACACAACACAUCCUCUUGCAUCGUGGAGUCUACUGCAUCAGGCCCUCAAUAUGAUAGGAGACAUCAAAGCAGCCAAGACUGUACAAGAGAAGUUCCUAGGAGGUGUGUUAUUAACUCUCGGCGUGCAUGUGCAGCGAGGGUUGCAGCAUUUGGUCUGUGUGUCAGGAUGUUUGUUAGUCUUUUCUGCACCAGUAUA